GGCACGCACGCGUCAGUGACAUGCCUGCACGCACUUACUCGCCAUGCGUGCGUUUCAUCCUUCGAGCUCGCUCACUGCAUCACCGCACCCAAUCAAUCCCACCCCUCCGUGCAAUCAACACCAAACAUGAAUCAACGGUCCCCAACGCAUGGAACCGAACCGCAGAGAAUAAUCGCGUUGUUGACUCACAAGAGAGAGAGAGAGACGAUGACAAAAGAGGCUAUGAAUUCAUUUGAGCCAGAUGGAAAUGGGAAGGAGUCACUGCCACCACCACCUCCUGUUGUUCCCUCUGAUAUUGUACCUCUCAAAGCAGAGGAGGUGCUCUGUACCCCUACCGAGCAUAUUAAGAAAAAGGCUUCCCGACUUCCAAUAGCCAGAUCUGGUCUGGGAUCAAAAGGAAAUAAAAUACAAUUACUAACCAAUCACUUCAAAGUUAAUGUUGCUAAAAAUGAUGGGCAUUUCUUCCAUUAUAGUGUGGCUUUUACUUAUGAAGAUGGACGCCCUGUAGAAGGUAAGGGUGUAGGGAGAAAGAUAAUAGAUAGGGUGCAGGAGACAUAUCAUUCUGACUUAAAUGGUAAGGACUUUGCAUAUGAUGGGGAGAAAAGUCUGUUUACUGUUGGCUCUCUUCCUCAAAACAAGCUUGAGUUUGAAGUUGUUCUUGAGGAUGUCACCUCUAACAGGAAUAAUGGCAAUUGCAGCCCUGAUGGUCUAGGGGACAAUGAGAGUGACAGAAAGAGGAUGCGGCGUCCUUAUCGUUCGAAGUCAUUCAAAGUAGAGAUAAGCUUUGCUGCAAAAAUUCCAAUGCAGGCCAUUGCCAGUGCCUUACGCGGGCAAGAGACUGAGAAUUUUCAAGAAGCCAUCAGAGUUCUUGAUAUCAUUUUGAGGCAGCAUGCUGCUAAGCAAGGCUGCUUACUUGUACGCCAAUCCUUUUUCCACAAUAAUCCAAAUAAUUUUGCUGAUGUAGGAGGUGGUGUCCUAGGCUGUAGAGGAUUCCACUCAAGCUUUAGAACUACACAGAGUGGCCUGUCUCUUAACAUAGAUGUGUCAACUACAAUGAUAAUUUCUCCUGGGCCUGUGGUGGAUUUCUUAAUUUCCAAUCAAAAUGUGAGAGAUCCUUUUCAACUUGACUGGGCUAAGGCCAAAAGGACCCUAAAAAAUCUGAGGAUUAAAACUAGCCCAUCCAAUCAAGAAUUCAAAAUUUCUGGGCUCAGUGAACUCCCAUGCAGAGAGCAGACUUUUACUUUGAAAGGUAAAGGUGGGGGGGAUGGUGAAGAUGGUAAUGAGGAAAUCACUGUAUAUGAUUAUUUUGUUAAGGUUCGUAAGAUAGAUCUCCGAUACUCUGCUGACCUUCCAUGUAUCAAUGUUGGCAAGCCUAAACGACCAACAUUUUUCCCCAUUGAGGUUUGUGAAUUGGUAUCAUUGCAACGAUAUACAAAAGCUCUGUCCACGCUUCAAAGGGCUUCAUUAGUGGAGAAGUCGAGGCAGAAGCCACAAGAGAGGAUGAAAAUUUUGUCUGAUGCACUGAGAACAAGCAACUAUGGUGCUGAACCUAUGCUCCGGAAUUGUGGAAUUUCUAUAAGCACUGGCUUCACUGAAGUGGAGGGCCGGGUGUUGCCUGCACCAAGGUUGAAGUUUGGCAAUGGUGAGGAUCUCAAUCCUAGGAAUGGGAGAUGGAAUGUCAGCAGAGUGAAAUUUGUGGAACCAUCAAAGAUAGAAAGAUGGGCUGUUGCUAACUUUUCUGCACGCUGUGAUGUACGAGGACUUGUACGGGACCUCAUUAGAAUUGGAGAUAUGAAAGGAAUUACUAUAGAACAACCAUUUGACGUGUUUGAUGAGAAUCCACAGUUUAGGCGUGCCCCCCCUAUGGUUAGAGUGGAGAAAAUGUUCGAGCAUAUCCAAUCUAAACUUCCUGGGGCUCCUCAGUUCCUUCUCUGUUUGCUUCCUGAUCGGAAAAAUUGUGAUAUUUAUGGUCCAUGGAAAAAGAAGAAUCUUGCUGAUUUUGGAAUCAUAAAUCAGUGUAUGUGUCCUUUAAGGGUCAAUGACCAGUACCUGACUAAUGUUAUGUUGAAGAUCAAUGCCAAGCUUGGUGGGUUGAAUUCAUUGUUAGGCGUUGAACAUUCUCCUUCUCUUCCUGUUGUUUCCAAAGCUCCCACCCUCAUUCUGGGAAUGGACGUGUCACAUGGCUCACCUGGGCAGACUGACAUUCCUUCAAUUGCUGCGGUGGUCAGCUCUAGACACUGGCCUCUGAUAUCAAAGUAUAGGGCAUGUGUUCGUACGCAAUCUGCAAAGAUGGAAAUGAUUGAUAAUUUGUUCAAGCUAGUAUCUGAAAAGGAAGAUGAAGGCAUCAUAAGGGAACUUUUGCUUGAUUUCUAUACAACUUCUGGGAGGAGAAAACCGGAAAAUAUAAUCAUAUUCAGGGAUGGGGUUAGUGAGUCACAAUUCAAUCAAGUUUUGAAUAUUGAACUCGAUCGAAUCAUUGAGGCUUGCAAAUUUCUCGAUGAAAAUUGGGAGCCAAAAUUUGUGGUAAUUGUUGCUCAGAAGAACCACCACACUAGAUUUUUCCAGCCUGGCUCUCCCGACAAUGUCCCACCUGGAACUGUUAUCGACAAUAAAAUUUGUCAUCCCAGAAAUUAUGAUUUCUACCUAUGUGCACAUGCUGGAAUGAUAGGAACUAGUAGGCCUACCCAUUAUCAUGUGCUGCUUGAUCAGGUUGGUUUCUCUCCGGAUCAGCUGCAGGAGCUUGUCCAUUCAUUAUCAUAUGUGUAUCAGAGGAGCACUACUGCCAUUUCUGUUGUUGCUCCAAUAUGCUAUGCGCACUUGGCUGCUACUCAGUUGGGGCAGUUCAUGAAAUUUGAGGACAAAUCUGAAACAUCUUCAAGCCAUGGUGGAUUGAGCGGUGCAGGUGCUGUUCCCGUCCCUCAGUUGCCUCCCUUGCAGGAGAAUGUCCGCAACACAAUGUUCUUUUGUUGAGGCCUUAAUGCUCUGCCCUGUCUCCUCAAGUGGUGAAAAUUCUGUACAUAAAACUAUGUUUCUAAUCUUGCAAGUUAUGCGGACGAAGUUUAUAUUGUGGUAGACUUGGUCUUCUUAGCCAUAUUUAGUCUUUCUAGCACAAGCCUUUUCAAAUGUUCGGGGACCUUACCUUACUUUUUGUAGCAAGACUCUCUUUAGCGCAACGUCUUUUUGUAGCAAGGCUUGAUCUUCAGCACGUCUUUUGUUAGGCCCCCCCUUUUAUAAGGUUUAAUUGCACUUUUUACCUCGAAUGCUGUAAUUUAUAGUGAAUUUUACUUAUCUCCAACAAAUUACCUUGGCGUAUUUUAUUCCAAAUUUUUAAGAAACUUAGAUUUUAUUGUGUUA